AUGGAUAGCGAUAAUGGAAAACCAAUAGUCGAUAAAAAAUCUUGUGUAAUUGAACCUGAUUUUAAAAGAAAAAUAUUUGAAUAUAAACAUGAAAAUCCAUCCAUCUUUGCAUGGGAAAUUCGUUAUCGUCUUUUCCAAGAAAUGAAAUGCAAGUUAGAAGACGUUCCAAGUAUAUCAUCAAUCCUUAAAGUUUUAAAAAAUCUUGAUUCAGUUGAAAAUUCAGAUUCUGAAGAUAAACAUCAAAAUGAAACAUCAUUUACACAAAAACAAAUUGAUGUUUUAGAACAAGUUUUUAAUAUUAAACAUUAUUCAGAUAUAUUUGAACGUGAGAAACUUGCAUUAGAACUCAAUAUAUCUGAACCAACAAUUCAAAUAUGGUUUUCUAAUCGUCGAAUGGAAUAUCGAGAAUCUGAAAGAGUAAAAGUUCAUCAGCAAGAUCAAUCAAAAUAG